UUUACAAUGACACCUCUCCAGUCUUGGCCAAAAUUCUUGUUUGCAGUCUCUUUGUAUAUAUAAAAACAAAGUCAUGUGUUUUAAAAUUCAUUCCUAUCACUAAACAUAUAUUUUUUUAAAAAAAUUCAAAGGGUAAGGUCUCCUCUCUAGAUGUAUCUAGGAAGGAUCAAAUUGUCAAUGUCAUUUCUUUCAGUUAGUUUUUUCAUUAUAUACUAAAAGUUGUUCUGGUCACCGGCCCCUUCUCUAACAAUGGAACACCCUUCACAGUAAGGAGCAACGUGAGCUCAACUAUGACAUAAAACGUUGUGUGCAGCAAUUAUCCUACACACAUGGGUAUGCCUAUUGUGUUUGUAUAUAUGUGCGAGUAACUCAUCCACGCAAAAAAGAAAAAGAAAAAGAAGAAGGUGAAACAGGGAGGAAUGGGAAAUGCAUUAGGAUGCAUCUCAACGGAAGGGGCGAGAGAAAAAACCUCUAAACAUGAGUUAAACCUUCCACCUUUGCUAGCCUCUUUCAAAGGAAGAGCUGGCCCCCUGUCUUCACUCUCUUCUUCAGAGAAUAAAAAGAAGAAGGCAGUGAGCUUUGAUGGCCAGCUUGACGAGCAAGCUCUUGCUGCAGCUUUGCUCUUUAACCAUCAUCAAAGAAAUAAUGGUAAUUCUCUUCCAUUUCCUAGAUCCCAAUCUGCAGUAUAUCCUUCUUCAGGUUCCAAGAAGCAUGGUCUUACAAGGAGUUCAAGUUCUAGGCCACGGUCUCAUUCCGAAUCUCUGUUAACAAGACCUGACCAGCUUGUUAACCAGGAUCUUGAAACGAACCGUGUUGUUCUCGUUCAUGGAGGUGGUUUUGGUGCAUGGUGUUGGUAUAAAACUAUUUCCCUUCUAGAGGAAGCUGGCUUUAAAGCUGAUGCAGUGGACUUAACAGGCUCUGGCAUCCAUUAUUCUGAUACAAACGGCAUUAGAAAUCUUGCCGAAUAUGUAAAGCCACUUUCUGAUAUUUUUUACAAGCUUGGUGAAGGAGACAAGGUGAUUUUGGUGGGUCAUGAUCUUGGGGGUGCUUGUAUUUCAUAUGUGAUGGAGCUGUUUCCAUCUAAAAUUGCUAAAGCUGUUUUCAUUGCUGCAACAAUGCUGUCUAGUGGGCAGAGUGCCCUUGAUAUAUUUUCUCAACAGGCAGGUUUCAGUGACCUGAUAAGACAACCUCAGACAUUUAUCUAUGCCAAUGGAAAGGAUAACCCUCCGACCGCUAUUGUCAUUGACAAAACAUUGUUAAGAGACUCGUGGUUCAACCAGAGUUCCACCAAGGAUGUAGCAUUAGCAUCAGUAUCGAUGAGGCCAAUCCCAUUUGCACCGGUUGUAGAGAAGCUCUUUCUUUCAAGCAACAACUACGGCUCCAUUCAAAGGUUUUACAUUAAAACUCGAGGAGAUUGUGCCCUGCAUGUUCCUCUACAGGAGUCUAUGAUAAAAUCAAAUCCACCAACACAAGUUUUCGAGCUUAAGGGCUCUGAUCAUGCACCAUUUUUUUCGAAGCCCCAGGCGCUGCAUAGGAUACUAAUCAAGAUAUCACAAGUUCCAUCAAAGGAUAUCUAAAAGUAUCUAAAUUCGCAUUACAUUAAGGCUGCGGGAAGACAUGUACAUUGGAGCAGCUGGUUCGGAUAUGGAGAAUUUGGCAUGGUUCAUUUAUGCCAUACGUGGUCAAGUUAACCAUCCAAGAAAUUGUUAAGAACAUGUGCAUGCAUAUGCCAGUAAUCGUUCCCCAUGUGUAAU